AUGCUUGAUUGUUCUAUCAUCAUUGACAUAGUCCGCGAAAUGGCUCUAUGGAUUGCAUCUGACUUUGGAAAACCGAAAGAAAUUUGUGUUGUGCAAGCGCGAGUCGGAUUACGUGAGACACCAAAAGUUGAAGAUUGGAGACCUGUGAGAAUUUUAUCAUUAAUGUGUAAUGCGAUAGAAGAGAUUAGUUGCUGUUCCAAGUGUUCUGAACUUACAACUAUGUUUUUCCAGGAUAAUAAAUUGAAGAGUCUCUCAAAGCAGAUAUCAGAGCUGACCUCCUUACAGUAUCUUGACUUGUCGAAUACAAGUAUAGAGCAACUGCCUGUUGGUUUCCAAGAGUUGAAAAAGCUAAUCCAGCUAAAUUUGACUUCUACACACAGACUUCGGAGUAUCAGUGAGAUAUCAAAGGUUUCGAGUUUAAGAAUUUUGAAACUACUAAAGUCCAAUGUUCAUGGAGAUGUUAGCUCAGUGAAGGAGCUACAGAUCUUGGAGCAUCUACAAGUUCUAACCAUAACGAUAUCUACGGAAUUGGGUUUGGAGCAAAUAUUAGGGGAUCAAAAGUUGGCGAACUGCAUCAAUGGUCUGUGUAUUCAAUCUUUUUAUAAAAAGCCAUUGAAUAUGUCAUUGCUGGUGAGUAUGAAGAAUCUUCGUAUGCUCUGGCUGGAAAAUAGUCAUAUCUCGGAGAUUAAUACAAAAUGCAGAGAAGGCGGGACGGACUUGUCAGAUCUAGACAAUCCGACAAGUCCAUGCUUUACAAACCUCUUGUUUGUGCAUAUCUAUGGCUGUAUUGGCUUUAAGGAUAUGACUUGGCUAUUGUUUGCUCCAAAUCUUGUCUACCUACAAAUUGAAUAUUCAAACGAAGUGGAAGAAAUAAUAAACAAAGAGAAAGCAAACAAUCUUACAGGUAUUACACCAUUUCAGAAACUUGAAUUCUUAUCGCUGACAAGUUUGCCUAAGCUGGAGAGUAUCUAUUGGAGUCCUCUCCCCUUUCCAUCAUUGUGGCACACAAGCGUACUAGAGUGUCCAAAUCUGAGAAAGCUUCCCUUUGAUGCUACAAGUGUCCCACGACUUGCCCGGUUUACAAUAGAUAUGGGUCAUGGACAAGAGAUAACUGAGCUUGAAUGGGAGGACGAAGAUACCAAAAACCGUUUAUUGCCUUUAAUCCAUCUGGUUAGCUUGAAGUAUUCACCCUUAUUAGACUGA